AUGGUUAGAGAUUUGUUUAAAGAUAUUUUUGUAAAUGCAAAGUUGAGUUGUCAACAGGAAAUGGGAAGAACUUAUUACUCUGCCAAAUGUUUCAUGGCAGUAUGCUUUAAUUGUGGCAUUGCUGACAUUGAAAUUCCAAGUAGCAAUGAUACCUAUCCAUACUGUAAUGAAUGUGAGACAGGUCCCGGAUUUAAGCGAAAACGUGAAAAAGCGAAGUUUCAGCCAUUUCUAGAUGAAACUGCUAAAUUUUUUGUCAUUACGUCCAAAGUUUUCAGUCUUUCUGGAUCUCUGGGCAUGUUUUGGAGGAUUUCUGACACGCAAGAAGAAACAUUUGGUUCUUCUAAAAAAUUGCAACUGGUCAUUAACUGGAGGAAAUGUCAAUUUUGUAAAAAAAUCCCACCGGGCAAAAACUCGAUAAAAAUUUAUUCGGCUUGGAAUGUACGAAGCUGUAGAAAAUGUAUCGAAUCUCGUUUCUCAUCAGUUCCACCACCUUGUGAAUUGCCAUAUGAGGAACUCCUUGUUGAUAAAACGCCUUUAUCCAAAUACAAUAAAAAGUUUGAAAACUGCAAAUUCUACUUGAAAAGUGAUGUUGAUUCAGCAAGAAACGAGUAUAAUGCACUCUUACCCGAGAAGAGGGACGAAUGGCGUACGAAGAAAUCAAAUGCAUACCAAAGAAAAUUGAGGGACAUACUGCUCCGUAAAGAUAAGAUAAGAGAGUACAAAGGUUAUCAAGCUGAAUAUGAGAAAGGUGCCCAAGAUCAUCGUCUAAAACUUCUAACCUCUAAAUGUAAGGAAAUGGAGAACGAAAAUAACCCAUACACUGGUGAAAAGUUUAAUUUCAUUAUUUUACAAAAAUGUCAAGCUUACAAGGACGCCUGCAAAAGUAAAGAAGAGAUGACAGACCGUCGUUGGGGAUAUUUGCGCAAAAAACUCAUAGAACAACAUAGUGAUUUCAUUUCAAAUAAAAAAUAAAAUGUGAUUUUGAUCUUUUUUCUUUAAUCUGUUCACGUAUUUUCAAAUGUCAAAAAAACG